AUGACUUUGUGCCUCAACUUGCUGCCUUUACUAGCAGUCCUCCAAGGUGUCCGAUCUGAGGUCCAGUUAUUGGAGUCCGGAGGGGAUGUGAGAAGACCUGGGGAGUCCCUCCGUCUCUCCUGCCAAGCCUCUGGAUUAACCUUCAGCAGUUACUGGAUGACCUGGCUAAGUCAGGCUCCUGGGAAAGGACUGGAAUGGGUAGCCCGCAUAAGUAGAGGAUCAUCUAAUACUUACUACUCAGACAAAGUCAAGGGACGCUUCACCGUCUCCAGGGAUGAUUCCCGCAGCCAGUUGUAUCUGCAAAUGAGCAAUCUGAAACCGGAGGACACAUCUGUCUAUUAUUGUGUGAGAGACACAUUGAGAGGAAGUGAUACUGAAACCAGACAAAAACUUCCUCGAUCUUUGAAUAUUGAGGAAACAUCUGGACCUAAAGAAUCUCCUCAGAGAAUUAGGAAGAUUGUGUCCUCUCCUCAAUUUGGACACCAGGGGGGAGCAAAAAUGUGGCUAAAUCUUCUGUCCAUAUUUGUAGUCCUCAAAGGAAUCCAAUCUCAAGUCCAGUUGGAGGAGUCUGGAGGGGAUGUGAGAAGACCUGGAGAAUCCCUCCGUCUCUCCUGCCAAGCCUCUGGAUUCACCUUCAGCAGCUAUUGGAUGCAAUGGGUGAGACAGGCUCCAGGGAAAGGACUGGAAUGGGUGGCAUCCAUAAGCUCUGGUUCCAGUACUAUUUACUACUCAGACAAAGUAAAGGGCCGCUUCACCAUCUCCAGGGACAAUGGCAAAAGCCAGCUGUAUCUGCAAAUGAACAGCCUCAAAACCGAAGACACAGGAGUCUAUUACUGUGCAAGAGACACAGUGAGAGGAAGUGAAUCUGAAGCCAGGCAAGAACCUUCCUUUCCUUAG